UUGUGAAGCAGCUCCUGUCCCUUACGUCUCUUUGUGGGGAAACAGAGGGCACACUUCCUAGAGCAUAACUGGAGACAGAGACACAGAGUUCCAGGCAGGACGCCCAGGGUUCCAGCCUACAGCCACUCCUGGCACAGCCCUGAGGGGGACAGCUCCCACAGAGCACCUUGGCCAAGAGGUCCACGAAAGGAGAAGAGACGCUAAUCAACUGGACCGUCCCAGAAAGUGAGAUGAGAGUUGAUGAUAUGAAUGAUGUGAAUCCAACUGAUCAAUGUGGGAUCUGAACCCUAAGUGAGAGGUGUAUUGAGUGUGUUGUAUAAAGUAGCAGUUCUCUUGAAAAGUUAGACUGAAGCAUCGAAGUAUCCAGGUUACAAGGAUAAAAGCUCAUCGAGAGAAAACAAGAGAAAGGACACUUCAGCUGAGAAUGUAUGCAUUUUCAAGGUUCUUUUUUACGUCUUGAAUUGUCCCAUUUGUAUUCUUAAUUCACCACCCAGCGUUUAUCUUAUUUUUGCAGCUGUCUGUAAAGCAGCAUGAAAAGACUCCAUUGAAAGCACUUUCUGCAAGCCGGAUAAUAUUCCUUUCUAAAGCCUUGAAACUUUCGCAGACGUCUACAGAAAAAAGAAACCUAUAACGAGAAUAAGAAAACAAUGCUGUGCUGGAUCCCAUAUGAGUACGAGUCGCUGACUGGACUUUUAUGAUUGGAGAAGAUCCAGGAGUGAAGAGAUGUAUUCCGACUGUGGAGUUGGAGUGGCCAGCAUUCAAAGACAGUAUCAGGUCAGGGACUCUGUCAGACCAUACACCGGACCUGGAGGGAAUACACAGGUCCCAAUGGAAACCGGUGUGACCCCAGCUAGGUGCCCAAUAUAUCAGGUUCAGCCUUACAGUGGGCAGCCCUCCUGCACUGUCAACAGUGUUUCCAACACACAGCACACUCCGGUGCCUACACAUCUAACUCCACCUCCCGCCGCACUUAAACCGGGCCAGGAUGGGUUCAAGAAGGUGUGUCGCACAGAGGAGGCCAGCCCGUGCCCCUUCCCAGGAUUGGCCUCAGGAGUGCUGGAGAUGCGUGUCAAGGAGGGCAGUAAGAUCCGUAACCUCAUGGGUUUUGCCAUGGCUCGCAUGCAGGGGGAUGUCAGUGGUGUUGGGGUUAGUGGAGGCGGUGGCCUGAGGCAGGUUGUUUUCUCUGGGUCAGGUCGUGCCGUCACCAAGACCAUCACAUGCGCUGAGAUCAUGAAGAGAAAAGUGGGGUCUCUGCACCAGCUGACCAAGCUGCGCUACAAGGGUGUGAGGGAGGUGUGGGAGAGCAAAGAAGGGGGGGCAUCGGAGAUGACUGUUCACAGGACCGUCCCCUCCAUCAGCAUCCUUUUGUCCAAAGACCCCCUGGACCCGCAGGAGCCCGGCUACCAGCCCCCUGAGACCCUCAGUGCUCUCUGGGAGGACAGAGACGGUGUGGAUGCCCUACAGACAGCCAGCAAGAGACCUCUUGGUCUGUCCCCAUACAGUAGUUUCCCUGACUCUAAGAGAGUGUGUCUGAGUCUGGACGAGGGGACUCUGGCUCUGUCCACCCCCCUGGCUAACUGACUGACUGAACUGGUAUCAAACAGUCGAGUGGGAAGGAUCAGAGGAGUUCAUUCUGCACUGCCCUCCACUCAAGCACAGUGCUGAAACAAUCAGAACAUUCACUCAGACAGAACCGUGCUUUCUGAGGAGAACUGAGCACCAUGCCCACCCCAUCCUCCAGAGGUCAGUCAAAAUAGGACCUGAAAGCUUGUCUUUGUAGAUAAAACAUUUAUUGAACCCAUUUCUCAGCACAAUCAAUCAUUCGCCUUUGUGCCCAGAAAUACUUAAUGUCAUCAUACUAUAUGUCACACUGUAAAAGCUUAGACAUGACAGCACACUAAUCACAUUUUAAAUCAUCAACACAACAAAACACAGAGCGACCAAUCACCCAAGAUCCCAGAUUUCUGCUUUCAGUAGACUGACAAUACGUUUUGAACAUUGUCGUUCUGUUUUCCUAAUUAUAUCCUACAACUGCAAAUCUGUUCAAAUGCACAAGGUAGGUCCACAAUAUUGUAAUGAAUACACAGAAUAUCUACACUCCCCUACGUAUAUAUUUGGACAGGGAAGCUAGCAUGUUUCAUUUGGCUCUACACGCCAGCAUUUUGGAUUUGAGAUCAAAUGUUUCAUAUGAUGCAACAAUAGAGUAUGUCACCUUUUAAUUUGAGGGUAUUUUCAUACAUAUCCGUUCUACCAUUUAGAAAUGAAUGCACUUUAUGCAUCUAGUCCCCCCAUUUGAAGGUGUCAUAAGUGUUUUAACAAAGGCACUUACAAUAGUCUACAUUUUAUACACUAUAACACAAUAAGUGAAUUUGUCCAAAUACUUAUGGCACCUUCAAAUGGGGGGACAAUAUACAUAAAACGCAUUCAUUUCUAAACUAUCCAUAAUAUGACAAAUGUAUCAUGUUUUCAAAUAUCCAAACAUUCAAAUAAACUAUAUGCAGGAAAAGCCUUUUUUUGUGUAUUUCUAUCCCUCAGACUUGCCUAUAGUACUGUACAAAGUCCAGAUUGAAAAGGAAAUCACAGCAUGCUGAUGUGUUGAUAAGAGUAACGGGAGUGAAAUUUGUCUAAGAGACAGCUGAUUUAAUGACAUGGCCCCCGAUAAGACGCAGCUCCAGAACCAAGCAGCCUGACAGAUGCUGGGGGCUGAAAUACAGGGACAGAUUAUCAUUAAGAUUACAACACUACAUUGCGGCACACUAGAGAAAAGGAUCAAAACUAGGCUUGAUAUAACUAAACACAGUCAGUGUCCCACCAGAACAUGAAACCAUAGCAGCAGACUCAACUCCAUACCAUUACUACAGUGCUAGGGUUCACGUAGAGGAUAUUGUAUGCAGUGUUUGGGAGUAGUGAACUACAUGUAAUUCAACAAGUAAUUUCAUUACAUUUGUUAGUGGAACUCAAUUCAAAUCUUGGUAGUGUUUUCAGUAGUUAAUUACCUUUUAGAGGUGUAGCUAACGAACUACACACAAAGAAAAUAUUGGUGAAGUAGGCAAGAAUUUCCUCUCUUUUACGGCAUCAGACCUGCCUAAUUCUCACUUGUAACAGUUUUUGUGUUGAAUAGGCUAAAUUACACAUGAUGUUAAAUACGAUCUUUGGGUAUUUGCAAAACAUUUUGGAACCGUAUCAACAGUGGGCUAAUGAAACAAAUACCAAAAUAUCAUUUUUGAGAGGUAUUUUUCUUUAACAUCGGACUCCAGAGUGAUAUGUUAUUGCAAUUUGUAGUAUGACAUUUCAGAUAUGAUCAUUUAGUUUGGAUGUUUUAAAAAAGAUAACUUUAGAUUCAUUCCACCUUAAAAAAGCAUAAGAAACACGAUUGAUCAUUUAUUUUCAUCAUGAGCAAAAGCUAUUGGUUUUCUACCCAAAGUUGCAAAGAAAAUGUUUAUUUAAACAAGCAAAAUGGAUAAAAGGGUGUGGCGGCAGUAGCAGGAACAGUGGCAUCUAGUGGGCAAAACGUGGUAUUUUCACACUAGCUUAUAGUAAAUAACGCAAGCGACUUCAAUGGCUAAUUACGUAGCUCAUUCACAGCCAUAUAAGGAGUCAUUGGCAUGAGGCGGUUUUAAAAAAUGCGGCACUUCCUGAUUGGAUUUUUAUCUGGGUUUCGCCUGUAA